GUUCUGUGUCACCGAUUCUCAAUUUCUCGCGCAAAUGAGUGAAAAAAGCGUGUUGAAUAUUUUGUUUUGCGAGAACGAAAAUUAAAAUUAAUAAUAAUAUGGAUUUAGAUCCAGAAGCAGAAUGCAAACUUUUACUAAAAUUGUUUAAGAAUGUAAAAAAUGUUAAAGAAAUUAAGGACCAACUUAUAAAAGGUGAAUUGAAAUGUUGUAUAAUGAAACCAACAUUAAUUUUAGAUCCUAUUCAAGUAGUAGUGGCUGCAAAUAAAGCUUUGGUUAACGAAAAAUUAACGACAAAAACAAUUUAUACAGAAAUUUUAUUCAAUUUAUCACCUACUAAAAACAUAUCAAAAAGUUUACAAACGUUUGGAAUUGAUGAGAAAGAUGAGAAUUUGUUGGUGAUAACAUUGUUGAAAGAAGGCGACAAAGAGGAUACAGACUUAUUUAAAAAAAUCGAUGGUGAAGAAGUUAGUUUGGAUAAGCUUAAGAAUUAUGCAGAUAUGAAUUUAAUAAAACGUACAUACAAAAUAGCUGAUAAAGAGACUAAUGUUACGCCUAUCUUAAAUUCACUUGUUAGUAGGAUAGCAACUAAAGAUUUUUUAUCUUUUUAA